AUGGGGAAAGCAAAGAUUGAGAUUAAGAGGAUAGAGGAUUCAGCAAACAGGCAAGUCACUUUCUCAAAGAGACGAAGUGGGUUGCUUAAGAAAGCAAGAGAGCUCGCGAUCCUCUGCGACGCACAGGUUGGGGUGCUUGUGUUCUCUAGCACUGGCAGACUCUACGAAUAUGGAAGCUCCAGCGUGGAGUCAAUUAUUGACCGCUAUAAUAAACAGAAAGAUCAUGAACACAAUCCGCUUGUGAAUCGAGCUUCAGAAGCCAAGUUUUGGCAGAGAGAAGCAACGAUCUUGAGGCAAGAACUUCAACAGUUGCAGGAAUUGCACAGGCGAGUCACGGGAGAAGAACUUUACGGUUUGGGAAUUAACGAAUUGAAAACUUUGGAAAAUCAACUAGAGAUGAGGUUAAAAAAUGUCCAGAUCAAGAAGGAGCAAAUUUUAACCGAUGAGAUUAAAGAGUUACAACACAAUGGACAUGAAAUUCGCCACCAAAAUGUUCAACUCCACAAAACAAUAGAAGCCAUUAGUAAAGAAAAUGCAGAAUUACAGACAAAGGUUUCUGAAGCAAGGGUUGUGAAUGAGGAAUAUGGGAAUCCUAAUCCCACAUGCACUAUCCAUCUUCAGCUAAGCCAGCCACAAUCUGAAUCUGAUGAAUCACCAGCCAAAGCAAUGGAGCUGGGAUUAAGGCUGCUUUAG